AUGUCGUCUGCAGAGGUCAAGAACGGCCACGCCACCAAUGGCCAUAGCCAGGAAAAGGCUCCCGCUCCUAAGCCGCAGCCCAAGGCUGCCGGCCAGUCCAAUCAGAAGAAGGAGGGUGCUCUGAAGAGCUUCAAGAAGCUGAGGGUUCUUUCCAAGAGGCCGUUGCCUACUGAGAUGGGUGAUGGUAGCUACAGGACUGUGGUGAACCGACCUCGUCUCAAGGAGGAUCUUCGUCGUCUCAAGAUCAAGGAUCUCAAGACGUUGCUUGAAAUUGUCAAGGCCAAGGCCAAGGGUGAGACUCAGCAAGAUGACAAGACCAUGAUCAUGGAGAGGACCAUUCAGAUUGUCGCUAGUCUGAAUGAUCACUCCAAGGUUCAGGAAGUUCUUACCAACAGCUUCAUCGACAAGCUUUGGAACUCGCUCGAUCACCCGCCAAUGCUGUACAUGGGUGACCAGUACCGCUUCCGCCAGCCGGAUGGAUCUCUCAACAACCCUUAUAUGCCCAAGCUUGGUGCGGCCAAGACUCCUUACUCGCGAUCUGUUCGUCCCAAGGGCAUGUCGCUUGGUGCUCAACCUGAUCCUGAGGCUGUGUUUGAGUCUGUCAUGGCUCGUGAUGGCUUCAAGAAGAACCCCAACAAUGUGUCGAGCAUCCUGUGGUACUGGGCCACCAUCAUCAUCCACGACCUGUUCUGGACCAACCUCAAGGACCCCAACCAGAACGACUCGUCGUCGUAUCUCGACCUCUCCCCCCUCUACGGUAGCACCGUUGAAGCUCGCGACUCGAUCCGAACAUUCGAGGAUGGUCUGCUCAAGCCCGACACGUUUGCCGAUAAGCGUCUGAUUGGAAACCCUCCCGGUGUCUGCAUCAUCCUCAUCAUGUUUAACCGAUUCCACAACCAUGUUGCGACCAACCUCGCUGACAUAAACGAGGGCGGUCGCUUCUCCAAGCCGGGACCUAACCUUGAUCCUGAGGCUGCGGCUGCGGCUUGGAAGAAGCGUGAUGAGGAGCUGUUUGAGACUGCUCGUCUUGUUACGUCGGGUUUGUACAUCAACAUUACCCUCAUUGACUACGUCCGCAACAUUAUCAACCUGAACCGUGUUGAUACCACUUGGACUCUUGAUCCUCGUCAGGAGAUGGGUGUCUCUGUUGGUACCAAGGAGGGUUCCGAGUCUGGCACUGGCAACGUCGUGUCUGCCGAGUUCAACCUCUGCUACCGCUGGCACUCUUGCAUCUCCGAGAUGGACGACAAGUGGAUCCAGGAUUUCUACGUUCAGCUCCUUGGCGACAACUAUGGAGCCAUGGACAUGCGUGCCUUGAUGAUGGCGCUCAAGAAGUUUGAGAUGUCUGUUCCUCAAGACCCUGCUGAGCGCACCUUUGGCGGCUUCAAGCGUGGCAAGGACGGCAAGUUUAGCGACAAUGAACUUGUUGAUGCUCUUGCUACUGCUAUCGAGCAGCCUGGUGGUGCAUUUGGUGGUCGCAAUGUUCCUCGCAUCAUGAAGCCUGUCGAGAUGCUUGGUAUCAUCCGUGGUCGCAAGUGGAACUUGGCUGGACUCAACGAGUUCCGUAAGCAUUUUGGUCUCAAGGCUUACGACACCUUUGAGGAGAUCAACUCUGAUCCUGAGAUUGCCGAGUCUCUGAGGAACCUGUACCAGCACCCCGACUAUGUCGAGCUGUAUCCUGGUAUCGUUGCCGAAGAAGCCAAGACACCUAUGGUUCCUGGUGUUGGUAUUGCUCCAACGUACACCAUCUCUCGUGUCGUCUUGUCUGAUGCUGUCGCCCUUGUUCGUGGUGAUAGGUACUACACGACUGACUAUCACCCUCGUAACCUGACCAACUGGGGUUACAAGGAGGUUGACUAUGAUCUCAACAUCAACCACGGCUGUGUCUUUUACAAGCUCUUUAUCCGGGCUUUCCCUCAGCACUUUAAGGGUAACUCUGUCUAUGCUCACUACCCAAUGGUGAUUCCCUCUGAGAACCGCAAGAUCUUGACGGAUCUUAAGCGCGCGGAUCGGUUCGACUUUGAUCGACCUAGCUUUACCCCCGCCCGUAUCAACAUUGUCGGCUACAACGCUGCCAAGUACAUCCUGGAGAACCAGGAGAUCUACAAGGUGUGCUGGGAUGAAGGUCUCGGACACCUCAUGGGCGAGGGCGGACGCCGCUUCAUGCUCUCCGGAGACGGUGCCUUCUUUGCCCAGCAGCGCAGGUGCAUGGGCGCACUUCUGUACAACGACACGUGGAAGAGCGCCAUCAAGUCAUUCUACUCGAUGAUUGCCGAGAAGCUCCUGGCGGAAAAGUCGUACAAGCUCGCGGGCAAGACGCAGGUCGACGUUGUGCGGGACGUGGGUAACCUCGCGCACACUCAUUUCGUGUCGCGCAUGUUUAACCUGCCACUCAAGACCAAGGAGAACCCCAAGGGUCUCUUUUCCGAGCAGGAGCUGUACAAGAUCCUCGCUGUUAUCUUUGUUUGCAUCUUUUUCGAUAUUGAUCCUGCCAAGUCGUUCCCGUUGAGACAGGGUGCUCGAGAGGUUGCGCAGGCGCUGGGCAAGGUUGUUGAGAUGAACGUCAAGCUUUCCAACGGUAUUGGUAUGAAGGGUUUGUUCACUGGCAAGGCGAACAAGGAUGAUCCUCUGGCUGCGUAUGGAGUCAACAUGGCCAAGGGGCUCAAGAAGGCUGGGCUGAGCACUGAGGACAUUGUGUGGAGUCAGAUUCUUCCUACGGCUGGAGCCAUGGUUCCCAACCAGGCUCAGGUGUUUGCUCAAACUCUGGAUUGGUAUCUUUCGCCUGCGGGUGAAAAGUACCGUCCUGAGCUGCACCGUAUUGCCGCUCUUGAGACAGGUGACGAGACUGACGCUCUCCUUCUGGGCUAUGCCAUGGAGGGUAUCAGAAUGGCCGGCACGUUUGGUCUCUACCGCAAGGCUGAGUCUGCCGACGUGAUCGAGGAAGACAACGGAGAGAGAGUCGAAGUCAAGGCAGGUGACCGCGUCUUUGUCUCUUUCGUGUCAGCAGCCAAGGACCCCAAGAUCUUCCCCAACCCAGAAGUCGUGGACCCUCGCCGACCUCUCGAGUCGUACAUCCACUACGGAACCGGACCCCACGAGUGCCUCGGCCGAAACAUCAGCCAGGUGGCACUCACGGAGCUUUUCCGCGCCCUGUUCCGGAAGAAGGGACUCCGUCGGGUUCCAGGUGCUCAAGGAGAGCUGAAGAAGGUUCCCAGACCUGGUGGAUUCUACGUAUACAUGACUGAGGACUGGGGAAGCAUUUGGCCUUUCCCUACCUCUAUGAAGGUUACGUGGGAUGGAGAGUAA